AGUGUUUUAAGCUUUAUUAUUAUAAACUCUAGGUACAACAGGUGUAGUAAUAUAAGUAGUUACAUAUGAGGGACAGUGUGCCAUCUGUCUCUUAAAGGCUGUCUGUAACUGUGAACACGUGUUUUAUAGUCAUGGGGGAUCGUGUCGAGUUAGUCGCUGGCUGUUAUGAACAGAUAGCAUUUGGAUAUCGAGUGUGCACUGGUGACGAGGAGUGGACAAUUGAGCCCAACUUUAGCCAUCAUGCACACACAGCAUCACUGACUGCAGUUUCAUCCAGUGAUCGAUUCAUCGCCACAGGAAGCAAAGAUGAAACCAUUCAGCUGUAUGACAUGAGCAAGAAAACUGAACAUGGGGCUUUGUUGCACCAUGAUGGUACCAUCUCGUGUCUGGAGUUCUACGGGACGUCCCAUUUGCUCAGUGGAGGACAAGACGGUCUUAUCUGUGUGUGGAGCACCCAAAAAUGGGAAUGUUUAAAAUCUAUCAGAGCUCACAAGGGUCAUGUUACUUCACUGUCCGUACAUCCUUCUGGAAAACUUGCGCUCUCUGUUGGAACAGACAAGACUCUGAGAACCUGGAAUCUCAUAGAAGGACGUUCAGCUUUCAUCAAGAAUAUCAAACAGACUGCAGAGAUCGUCUUGUGGUCACCAGACGGAGAUCAAUAUGCAGUGGUUAUGAAUAACAGAGUGGACAUUUACAAUGUGAAGUCUGCCACAAUUAUUGGAACCAUUGCAUUCCCAAAAAGGAUUUCAUGUCUGAAGUUUCUGAAGAACACACUCUUGGCUGUGGGAGGAGAUGAUGAGAGUGUGUGUAUAUAUGACGUGACCUCACAGAAGUGUGUGUUUGAGUUCAAAGCACAUGAGAACAGAGUAAAAGCCAUUGAGAGCUUCAUGAAGAAUGAUUUUUGUGUCCUUGUUACGGCGUCAAACGAUGGAUUCAUUAAGUUGUGGAAACUCAAUCUUGAGAAACUUGAGACUGCUUCCUUGCUUGGCCAGGUGAACACCACUGCCAGACUCACCUGUCUUUCCGUUUGGAUACCUGGUGAAGCGAAAGAAACAACUGUGGAGCAGUCGGCCCAGCCUGCAACUUCUAAAACUGUUGCGGAGCCGCUUGUGCCAGCCAAAGGGAAAAGGGUGAGGCUAGCAGGAGAGGAGGUGAUUCUAGUGGAGGAGAGCAGCUCCACAAAGCAAGGAAAAAAGAAGAAAAGAUAAAAAGUGCAAUAAACACUUUUAUUGAAAUUA